UACUCAUUAUGUCAAUGUCAAAAUCGUUAAAUGCGCGCGUAACCGUACUCCGUAGGGCUUGUUUAUUAAUAAAAUUAUCACCAACGUUUACACGUUCAUUUAUGAGUAGUAACUAAGUCUAUAGCAAAAAUCCACAAAUAAACACUAUCCAAACUAUUACUUUUAAGUUAGUUAGUAAUGGUGUUAUUAAAUAAUUCUAACCGGUGCCGAAGAAAAUUGAAAUCUCUGUCGAAGAAAAUUGAAAUCUAUAAUUAAUUGUAGUAUAUUCGGAAAGUAAUCUUGUUGUGUUCUUAACCCUGAAUAAUUUCGUAUUUGAUAUUAGCCAGUCAAGAUUUUAUUUUAUUCCUUCAACAUGAGUGAAGUGGGUCUUGAUUCUGUUGAUGAAUGUGAACGAGCACAGCAACAGUCGUCUAAUGGUCGCAGGGCUACCAAGGAGAAAAUGAAAUCGGAAAAUGAUAGCAGAGACAAUUCAAAAAACAGAAAAAGAGCAAAACGCAGUUCUGAACAUGAGACAAGUACUAAGGCAAGCAAGGCUAAAAAACCAUUGGAGAUUGAAGUGGACCCAUUAGUUUUACAAAGACGUCAGAAACAAAUUGAUUAUGGAAAAAACACAGUUGGUUACCACAAUUAUAUCAAACAAGUACCAAUACCACAAAGGAUGAAAAAUGACCCAAAAACACCUGACAAGUUCAUGAAAUACAGUAGGAGGUCAUGGGAUAUGUUGAUUAAAAUCUGGAGGAAAAAAUUGCAUGAAUAUGAUGUUGAUGGUGCAAAUAAAGGAGAAAGUGAAGAUUCUGAUGAUACUGAUUAAAACAAAUACAUCAUAAAAAUAAAAAAAAAGAAUGGUUUUUUUAAGUUGUUUAUAUUAUGAACAAUGACAAAUAUUAUAGUUGUUAAGUUAAUAUUUGAAAUGAAACUAGAAAUGUUAAGCCAGGUCCAAUGCACCACGAUUAAAAUAAUAUAUGUGUUAAAAAUGAGCUCUAAAACAAGCCUGUCUUUCAAAAAUGAGUAUUGAUGAAAUGUGGUUGCUUUUCUAAAGCAUUUUCUUUAUACCCCUCAAUCACAAAAAAAAAACAAAAUUAUCUCUAAAUACAAAAUUUUAAUAUUAUGUGUUAAUUUCCCUUUCUGCAGGCAAAUGCGGGGGUGUUAUCUAUUUUUUGUGGAAAAAGUGUUCAAUGUUUUAUUCCUUAAAUAUCGUAGGGUGAUAAUAAAGAUAACAAUAUGGUGCAGCAAACCCAGCUUAAGGAACACCAAAUGAUAUGAACGAUUUUAUAGUGUUAAUAUUUGCAUUAAUCAAGAGUUCUGCAUGUACUGUGGAAUGACAAAGUAUAUAAUAAGUUAUAAUGUAUCAUACAUUUAUACUAAUGUAACUAGUUUUAAGAAGUUAAUAUAGUAGUUUAAAAUAUAA